AUGGCCGCGUGCAAAUACCCUUAUUUCACCCCUUCAGACACGCGAAGCCCCACGAGCAUGUUAACAGUUCUCGGCCCACGAGUUCUCCCUUUGAAAAUGGCCGACGAAAAGAACUCUUUCCCUGUCAUCGCCCAAAAAUACAGCCCGAGUCUCCCGAUUUUCAAAUGCUCGGCAAAUUCCCACAGCGUGAACCAAUUCCAGAACAAGGACCCUUUCUUGAACCUACACCCAGAGGUCUCGCUGCUGAGGGGCGAAACGAACUCCACCAUGAUAAACCCGAGGCAGGACAGCUCGCCCGGCACUGUUACUGAAAACUCGAGGGACUCAACCCCUGUAAGCAAUUACAACGAGGCGAAGAUCAAGGUUGUUGGUGUUGGAGGGGGUGGAUCGAAUGCGGUGAACCGCAUGAUAGAGAGUGCCAUGAAAGGGGUCGAGUUUUGGAUCCUUAACACGGAUGUGCAGGCCAUGAAAAUGUCACCUGUUUUACCGGAAAACAGAUUGCAGAUCGGGCAGGAGCUGACGAGGGGACUCGGAGCUGGUGGGAAUCCGGAUAUUGGGAUGAAUGCGGCCAAUGAGAGCAAGGAGGCCAUAGCUGAUGCGGUUUAUGGGGCGGAUAUGGUCUUUGUGACUGCUGGAAUGGGUGGGGGAACGGGAACUGGUGCAGCUCCCGUAAUAGCUGGAGUUGCAAAAUCAAUGGGUAUUCUGACUGUUGGUAUAGUUACGAGUCCAUUCUCCUUUGAGGGACGAAGGAGAGCUGUUCAAGCACAAGAAGGAAUUGCAGCUCUGAGAGAAAAUGUUGACACCUUAAUUGUCAUUCCAAAUGAUAAAUUGCUGACUGCAGUUUCCCCAACUACACCAGUGACCGAAGCAUUUAAUCUUGCUGAUGAUAUUCUUCGGCAAGGAGUUCGUGGUAUCUCGGACAUAAUCACGAUCCCAGGGCUAGUAAACGUUGAUUUUGCUGAUGUCAGAGCAAUCAUGGCUAAUGCAGGUUCCUCAUUAAUGGGAAUCGGUACUGCCACAGGAAAAACUAGGGCCAGAGAUGCUGCGUUAAAUGCCAUUCAAUCUCCUCUACUCGAUAUUGGUAUAGAGAGAGCCACUGGAAUCGUAUGGAAUAUAACCGGUGGCAGUGAUUUAACGUUAUUCGAGGUUAAUGCUGCAGCAGAGGUCAUAUAUGAUCUAGUGGACCCAACUGCCAACUUAAUAUUUGGUGCUGUGGUAGAUCCAUCAUUAAGUGGUCAAGUCAGCAUAACUCUCAUCGCGACUGGUUUUAAACGUCAAGAAGAAAAUGACAGUAGAGCCCUCCAGGCAAAUCAGCUGGGACAAGGAGAUACGAGCACUGGGCUCAAUAGGCGGCCCUCAUCCUUUUUGGAAGGCACUUCUGUUGAAAUUCCCGAGUUCUUGAGGAAAAAGGGACGCUCUCGAUACCCGAGAGCUUAA